AUGGGGAACACCUGGGGCCGCAAGGUGCCGCUCAAGGAGGUGCUGCGGAAGAACAAGCGGGAGAUCAACAAGGCCAUGCGCGAGCUCGACCGCGAGCGCGCGAACCUCGAGAAGCAGGAGCAGAAGCUCAUCGCGGACAUCAAGAAGUACGCGGGCCAGGGGCAGAUGGGGAGCGUGAAGAUCAUGGCCAAGGACCUCGUGCGCACGCGGACCUACAUCACGAAAUUCAUCGAGCUCCGGAGCCACCUCGGCGCCGUGAGCCUCAAGCUCCAGACGGUGAAGUCGCAGGAGGCCAUGGCGUCGGCCAUGAAGUCCGUCACGCAGGCGAUGAUCAAGAUGAACAAGACGGUGAACGUGCCCGCGGUGCAGAAGAUCAUGAUGAACUUCCAGCUCGAGAACGAGCGCGCCGAGAUGACCCAGGAGAUGAUGGGCGACAUGCUCGACGACGCCAUGGAGCAGGACGGCGACGAGGAGGAGGAGGAGAAGAUCGUCGGCGCCGUCCUCGACGAGAUCGGCAUCUCCUUCGGCGACACGGUCCCCGCGGCGCCGACCCUCGCCCCGAACCAGCCCCAGGCCGCCGACGUCCCCGCCGCGCCCGUCGCCGUCGCCGACGCGGGCGGCGGCGGCGGCGGCGGCGCGGACGCGUCCACCGUCUCCGACCUCGAGGCCAGGCUCAACAACCUCCGAAAAUAG